CCUCCUCUUCUUACUAUUACUGUUUAUUUUACUUGUUAUUUCUCGUUUAUUACUAGUCUCUUUUACCCCGUCCGCUACUUACCUUGCCCGUCCCCGCUUCGCUAUAUAUGUAUAAACCAGGGCGGCUCUCCUAGCUGGAUUAUUUAUUCACUUACCCAUUUGCCUUUUAUUUGCACUCGGUUUUUUUUUUAUUAUCAAUUAGUUUUCACUGCUACCUCCUCGUCGGGGACCGCUGCUGUGGACACGCUAGAUCCUCCCUGUCCGACGUUGUCUCUCCCUCUCCCUCUCUCUCGUCGGUCCCUCCCUCACAAAGGCAGACGCAUAAACAUUGCAACCUGCCCAAGUUGAUGACGAUACUUCAACUAUCCUAUAACUCAUCCCACCCACCCCAGCCGGCGCUGGGUCGUUUGUCGCGACGGUGACAGACAGACACGGGCUGACGGGCUGUCGGAUUUCGUCUUGCUGAUCCGUCCCCAACCCGGCCGCUGAUGCACCUUUCAUGACACCUCCGAGCUUGCAGCUUAUCAGCCCAAGCCGAAGCCGGAAUCAUGCCUCCCAGGCAAAGCCGUCACCAGUCCACGUUUGUCUCUCUGUCCCGGCCUACUGUCAUUCUUCUCCCGUCUUUUCUCUUUCGCGUUGUGCCAUGUCCACUCGGCGGCUGACAUCGUUGCUUCUGCGAGUAGCCGUGAAUUCCACGUUGUUGUAUUGGGCUCCGGCGGUGUCGGGAAGAGCUGUCUUACAGUUUGUGCACAACGAGUGGAUCGAGAGUUAUGACCCGACGAUUGAGGACUCGUAUCGCACUCAGGUGUCAGUUGAUGGUCGCCAGGUAGUUCUGGAGAUUCUAGAUACCGCGGGGACGGAGCAGUUCGUUGCGAUGCGGGAUCUAUACAUGAAGACUGGUCAAGGCUUCCUUCUAGUCUUUAGCAUCACCUCGCCCUCGUCGUUGGACGAGUUAUCAGGGCUCCGUGAUGAGAUCAUUCGCAUAAAGGACGACGAGACUGUCCCGAUUGUCAUAUGUGGGAAUAAAGCGGAUCUUGAAGACCAGCGGCUAGUGCCACGGACUAAGGGCUUCUCCAUCUCGCAGAGAUGGGGUGCCCCGUAUUAUGAAGCCAGCGCUCGGACAAGGACCAAUGUCGACGAAGUCUUCAUCGAUCUAUGCCGGCAAAUGCUGCGGAAAGAUGAUGUGGUGGACCAUUCCAUCGAGCAAUCAGACAAUAAGGUCGAACCCUACUCCCUCUCUUACUAUAAAAAGCGAAGAAGGCGGAGGGACAAAGACCGGGAUCACAGCCACCGUCCUAGAUGCGUCAUUCUAUAGUAGUUACGCAAACUUACGAUACCCAUGGCUGGUCGAGGAUAAAAGGCCAUAUCGAGACCCGCGGGGCCUUGUGAUGUGUGAUGGUUUACUUCCACCACGAGGCUAUCCUCAGUUAUACAUGCCGACCAAGUCGGAAAAAAAAUUUUAGCCUCGCGCCGAGAAUUCCGAUGCUUGCCAACAAUGUCUUCUAGACUAUGAGGCACAGCGGCUUGAGGAAGACCGGGAACGUUACUCUCGACCCACCAGCCCAUGCGAUGCCUC